UCGCCUUGUGUUUUUGACAUAUAACUAAACUCAAUUAACUAUUGCAUCUAUCCUAACAUAAAACAAUCUGUACUUAGGUACUGAAUUUAAGAUAUCUACCCCAAGCAUACAUAUUCUACAUCUACAAAUAUGUCUUCAAUCAAUACUUCCGGACAAACAGAGCCUCCUCAUCUUCCGGGAUCCUUCCCAACAGACGACAUGACAUCUACAAACCAAGCCUCAGGUCUGAGCUCUACUGGCUCUCAGAGCCACCCGAAUAAACUACACAAGCGUGAAGACCCUAGAGGCUGGAGUGAGGAGGCAAGGGGUCUCGGCACCCAUCAACAUACAGAUUCUGGUGUUGGCUUACAAGAUCAGACUCCCUCUCAGACCCGUGGCCCCACUGCGACGAGAGGGCCUUACGAUUCAGAAAGGGUUUCCGCGCCGAGUCAAGCAACCGCGCCAGGCACAACUUCCGCCACCACAGGUCGGUCAACAGACCACUAUGGUGGCGAGAGCAAGCCCGGAGUGAUGACCGGAGCCUAUAGUCGCCUCGACAACAACAACGCCGAGAACAACCAAAAAUACUCUGUGCCGGCGACGCAAGAUUCUCGAGCCAACACCAGCAUCAACCAGCAUGACAGUGCAACAGGUAUUGGUGCUGUCGGGUCUGGAUCUAAUGCGGGCGCUGCAGGCUUGUCGAAUACUGUGCGUGAGCCAUCAGCAGACAGUGGCCACAACGUUGUCCGAAAUGGACUAAGGCAGACGAGCGAGCUCGAACAUACCGAUCCUUACUGGGGUGAGGUACCCCAUGGCACUGGCGUAUAUAACGGUGUUACUGGGCAUGGUAGCGCGGAGACACCUGUCGCCGGAUCUCUUCAUCCUCAAGGCUCUGAAUUAAACCAGGGGCAACAGCGGAUGUUCCCGCUUUCUACCGCAUCUAACCCCGCAUCUCACGCUACCUCUAACACCGUCUCUAACACCACCGCUCCUCACACCACCUCCAACGCCACCCACGAGGACACUCUCCCCCAUAGCGAGUCACGGUUUAAGGAGGUGCUACCCGAAGCAGGUGUUGGUGCCGGAGGCGCCCUCGCCGCCUCGGAAGCAGCUGGAAAGCGCCACGAUCACCAGCACGAGAAGGAUCUCAAGGAUCCCGCUCCCCAUAAGUACGAUGAAGCGGAUACCAAAAAGGAGAGCUUCAUCGGCAGUCUCUUCCAUCGCGAUCACAAGGACAAGCACGAAAAGGACACUACUAAGCACGAGAAGACGACAAAGGAGAGAGUGCCGAGCAAGGACGACACUCCCUUGAAUGAGCGCGAUGCUGGCUCUGCUCUUGCUGCCGCGACUGUGGCGUACGGUGCUCACGAGCGCAGAGAUAAGCAUGGCAGCAAGCACCACACGUCCACGUCAGGGGCGCAAGAUGACAAGGCGGGAGCGCUUUAUUCCCGCCCUAACGAGCAUGUUGAGACUCGUGCCCGGGACGGACAGCCCCAGACUCAUCAGUCUGGGAUACCUGUAGUUGCCAUUGGGCAUUCCGGACCCAGCAGCCAGAACACUGGAAGGGGUGUCAACGACACGUCUCUCACUCACGGUGACGCGACUAGUAGACAGAACCCUUCGGCUACUCAUACUACGGAUAACCAUCACUCCAACUUAGGGUAUGGAGCUGCUGGUGCUGGAGCGGGUGCGGGUGCCGCGUAUGCCGCACACAAGUACGCUUCCAGGGAGGACAACAACAACACGUCGUACCCGACAUCUGGUGAUGCUACAAGGUCGGCAGGGCAAGGGCACACCACUGGGGAGCCUGGAUUUGGGGCUGCUUCAGGCACCACCAGGUCCAACGCCGUUCCCUCAUCCCACGGUCAUUCUAUCCCAAUUGCCACUUCAACCACAGCGCAUUCUCGCGCCGACCCCAACAGACAAGGGGAACACAACGUCUUGAACGAUGGCACACCAUCAGGCAUCAACACCAACGACCAAUACGCUUCCAGUCACACCACCUCUUCUUCACCAUACACUACGCACGGCACCACAACAAGAGACAGCCCCGCCGGGGCCAAAGCCGGCGCUCUUGGCGCCAGUACAGGCGCAGCCACGUCUCGGGUCACUGGGAAGCGCCACUCCGUAUCAUCCAGCCAACAGGGCGCCAUCCCAGAGUCGUCGACGUCGACGUCGAGGGAAUCUGCUGGGCUUCCGCUCAAGCGCAUCCCAACCGAUGAAGAACUCGGCGACGCGAGGAACGUGCCUACAUCCGGCAAUGCGCGAAACACGACUUCCGCUACUGAUGGUCAUCACAGCGGUGUCAACACCGCCGCCUACACUGCUGCCGGUGCCGCCGGUGCAGGUGCUGCUGCGCACCACCACGCUCACGCUCACGACGGACAGUCUCACUCAACUUCCACAUCCGCUACGCGCGAUCACACCUCAAACACGUCGUCCACCACUGGCCUCCGGCAAACCACGUCCGGUGACUCGAGCCACGGCGGGCAGUACAACGUGCUGCCGUCUGGCACGCCGUCGGGGAUUAACCUUGAAGGGGAUGCUCACCACGACACUCACCACGAUGCCCGUCACCAGCCGCAUCAACAACUCCAUCACAACACCGGUACAAUUGCCGGUGCUGGUGUAGGUGCUGCUGCUGCUGCUACCGGCGCUACGACCACGCUGCCCCAUCGGGAAAAGUCGAGGCUGCCGGUUGCGGAAACUACGGCCAGGGGGGCUGAUAGCAGGAAGGAGUUAGGAGGUGCUGGUACUGGUACAGUGGGAGUAGGGUCAGGAGCGGCGAUCUUGCCGGUGGGUGCGAGGGCGGGAGACAAGGUGCUGCAUAAGUGCAGGAAGUGUGGUGAGGACAAUGAUAUCACUGGGUAUUUCCAGAAAUAAAGGCUUGUGUAUUUUGGUUAUGGCGGAAUUGGCAAGAUGGAAGAGGUUUCUAAGCACGGAAAUGGACGGGAAGGGAGGAUAGGAAAGGGUCAUGAUAGUUAUGAAGACAAUGUGACAUCAAAGUUGACGGGGAAUUAAUUCUUAUGUGAAGUAAUAGCCAG